CUUCCACUCUUCUUUCUCAGGUAUUUCCCUACGCAUUUUACUAUGCAUAUCUAUUUUUUGUGGAUUUUGAUAUUGUGGUUGGUUUGAUUUCUGGUUUGCAGGAUGUGCCUAUUAUUAGACCGAGGUUGAGAAUGCUUGAAGUGGCUGAGGGAGACCUUGACGCGAUGCCACAUGGCGUGACUGGAGAAUCUUCUGCUGAAACCAUUCCGUUUCAGGUUUUGAGCUGGAAACCAAGAGCUGUUUAUUUUCCAAACUUUGCAACCCCAGAACAAUGCAAAAGUAUAAUUGAAAUGGCAAAAUCUCGCCUAAAACCAUCUACCCUGGCUCUGCGAAAAGGAGAAACUGAUGAGAGCACUAAGGGAACUAGAACGAGGUAUCUCUGGUGA